AUGAAAGAGAAACGCUUUGCGCUUGCUUUGGAUCAGGGUACAACCUCCACAAGGGCUAUUUUGUUUGACUUGGAGGAGAGCGUUGUGAUCGCUUCCCAUCAACUGGGCCACCGGCAGUACUUUCCGCGAGCCGGCUGGGUGGAACACGACCCAUUUGAGAUUCUUGGCAAUGCUCGUCGCUGUUUGGUUGCAGUCUGCCAACAGGCGGAACAGAAAGGCAUAAAGCCUGCCGACAUUGCUUGUCUGGGACUCACCAACCAGCGAGAAACCGUCGUAGCCUGGGACCGGCGAACCGGUGAGCCUCUACACCCGGCUAUUGUCUGGCAGGAUACUCGGACUCGCGAGCAUUGUGCAGCGCUCGCUGCAGCGAAUGACACAGCAGCUUCCGUCAGCGGCGGUGUUGGUAGCAUCAGCGCCAGCACCAGUACCAGCGGCAGCGGCAAGUCGAGACAACUGCACCAGAGCAGGUCAGUGGGGCGUAGCAAACGCCAUCGAAGGGAGCUGGGCACGGAGCCACAGCAGGCUUUUGAUCGUUUUCGAGAGCUCACUGGCUUACCCAUAUCCACUUACUUCUCGGGAACGAAAUACAGGUGGCUUAUCGAGAAUGUACCUGCAGUUCAAAAGGGUGUUGAGGACGGUACGGUGCUGCUGGGUACCAUCGACUCGUGGUUAGCCUACCAUUUAACCGAGGAACGUGUACACGUUACCGAUGUGACCAAUGCCUCGCGCUCUCUGUUGAUGGAGCUCCGCACCCAGCACUGGAGCAACGAGUUACUGGACAUUUUCGGGGUGCCGCGGGAAGCACUUCCGGUGAUUCGCUCCAGCGCCGAGCGCUACGGCACCCUGACGAGCACCGAGAGUGCACUCGAUGGCCAGGUACCGCUGGCAGGUAUCCUGGGUGAUCAGCACGCUGCCAUGCUAGGUCAGGCGUGUCUACGUGCCGAUGAUGUCAAGUGUACGUACGGCACUGGUUGUUUCGUGAUGCUGCACACCGGCGAGAGGCCGAUUCCCAGCCGCCACGGCCUCUUGACGGUACCCGCGUAUCAGUUGGGACGCGACCAGCCGGUUCAGUAUGCCCUGGAGGGCUCUGUGGCCAUAGCCGGGGCCGGACUCCAGUGGCUCCAAGAGCAGUUGGGUGUCAUUCGUGACAUCCAGGAAGCGGAAAAGUUGGCGUCUUCGGUUUCCGAUACUGGCGAUGUCUAUCUGGUGCCAGCUUUUAAUGGAUUAUUCGCACCGCGAUGGCGUCCCGAUGCUCGCGGAGUCCUCGUCGGUAUGACCCAGUUUACGAACCGGGCGCAUAUUGCUCGAGCAAUGUUAGAGCAAGUUUGUUUUCAGACAACAGAGGUGCUCGAAGCAGCGCUAGCGGAUCUCGGACAGAGCACUGCUGCGAUCCAGAUGCUCCGGGUGGACGGCGGAAUGACGGCGAAUCAACUGCUGCUCCAGCUGCAGGCCGACCUUUUGGGUGUGCCUGUCGUGCGUCCCCAGAUCGCCGAAGCAACUGCCUUGGGUGCAGCGGCGGCUGCAGCGCUCGCAACCGGCCUCCUGGAUCGAGUGGACCAGGUGCGGAAGCUCUGGCGUGAGGAGCUCGUACUCACUCCUGGUAUCGACGAUGCAGAGCGAGCACGUCGACACCGUCGUUGGAACGAUGCCGUUGAACGAUCGCUCGGGUGGGUGUCCGUGGACACGCAGCCUUCGUUGCUGGGGUAG